CCUUCUUCCGCGAGCGCCUCCACGGCCUUCGCCCUCGCCACGGCCAGCCUCUCCAGUAGCUUCCCCCCUUCCUCCGACUCCAUCACCAGCCUCACCUUCGCCUCCACCUCCUCCGCGCUCACCAUCUCCUCGUCGUAGCCAUCGAUCACCACGCCCACCUUCAUCUCCUCCACGAUGAACACCUUGUUCAUCCUCUGCUCCGCGUACAGCGGCCAGCACAGCAGCGGCACCCCCGCCGUGAUCCCCUCCAGCGUCGAGUUCCACCCGCAGUGCGUGACGAACGCGGCCGUCGCCGCGUGGCGUAGCACCUUGGCCUGCGGCGCCCAUGACUUGACCACCAUUCCUUUGUCCGCCGUCCUCUCCAAGAACCCCUCGGGGAGCAGCGCCGCCAGGUCUGGCUCCGGCAGAUGCUCGAGCAGAUUGGCCGGAUCCUGACGCGGGCUCCGCACCACCCACAGGAACCGGUGGCCGGAGCUCUCGAGCCCGCGCGCUAUCUCCUUCAGCUGCGCCGCCGAGAAGGAGCCCAUGCUGCCGAAGCAGAGGAACACCACGCUCCGCGCCGGCUGCGCGUCCAGCCACGCGAGGCACGCGUGCCGCACCCCUCCUCCCUCCUCCUCGCCUGACGCCACCAGCGGACCGACGCAGUACACCGGCGGGGUGGGGCGGUCCGGGGAGCAAGCUCCCUCCCGGAGCGCACCCAUGGCCCUCGCUUCAAGCCACUCGUACGUGUUGAGCAGCACGCCGCUCGCCUCCAUGGCGCGCGCGUACAGCUUGACCCGCGCCUUGUAAAACCGACCCUCUCUGUCCUGCACGAGGGACGGCAUGUCCGAUGCCGGUAUCGGCGGGACGCCGGGGAAACGGAGGAGCGCCUUGCCCAUGUCUCUGAGGUUGGUGGUAGUCGUGGAGUAGUGGUGCAUCAGGCCUAGGGAGGCGGCAAAGGCGCCCGCGGCCGAGGUGAAGUAUAUGUAGGCGGGGACGUGGAGCGCCGCCGCGGCGUCGACUGCCUCGGCGCAGAAUAUGUCGAGGACAAGCGCCGCGACGGAGGGGAUCGAUCGGAGGAGCGACGCGAGGGAGGGCACCGACCGGCGGAGCACGUCGAGCAUGAGCAAGAGGGGGUUCGGAUCGGGGUCGGCGCAGGACGGCGGCGGCGGGAGGUGGUGGAAGGUGAUGGAGGGGUUGGAGGCGGCGAUGCCGGCGAUGGUGGGGGAUCCCGUGGUGCCCGAUCCGGGGGUGGCCGGGACGGCGAUGGUGACGUCGAGGCCGCGGGUGAGGAAGAGCUUGGCGAGCUCGACCAUGGGGAGCAGGUGACCCGCGCCCAUGGCGGCGUAUAGCACGACGUUGCGGCUGGGCUUGGACUCCAUUAGCUCAGGACUCAGGAGCUCUCACUUUCAUCGUCCUUUGGAAGAGAGAUCUCAGUUGCGGUGUGGUCACUGCUACGAAGGCGGGAACCAUUUCCGUCUCCCGGUGACGAAGGCGGGAAAUUUGCUGGGUAAGGCUAUAUUUACUCCGUGUGCGUCCACUUCGGUGUGCGUGACCGCACCAUUUGCGUCGCGGCCUCGCCUCGGCUUCUCCGUCCCGCCCGCGCAAGCAGCGCCCGCCUCCUGUUCGACGGAAUGGCACAGUGGGACGCGCUCGUGGACGCCGCGCUUGCAAGGCUGGCGUCGAGGAACCUCCUGCGAGCCACGCGUCCCAUCGCCCUCGCGCCACCUCCAGCGCCGCCUGAAACCUUCGCCGGCCCUGGCCCAUGGGACCGCGCCGCCGUCGAGAUCCAGCUCGAUCGCGCAACCCUCCACCAAUGGCUCGCCGAAGGUGGUGAAGCGACUGGCCAAGAAGAGGAGGUGGAUGAGAAACUCAUUCUAUUCUCCGGGAAUGAUUACAUGGGCCUCAGCUCCCAUCCGGCAAUCCGCAAGGCUGCAGUGAAGCUCAAGAGUACGGCAUGGGACCUAGGGGCUCUGCCUUGAUAUGUGGCUAUACUACUUAUCACAAAUUGGUGGAGGAAUCUUUGGCAGAGUUGAAGAAAAAGGAGGAUUGCCUUCUUUGCCCAACAGGAUUUUCUGCCAACAUGGCUGUGAUGACUGCUCUGGGAAGUGUGAGCUCUAUUUUGUCUGUUGGGAGAAAACCUGCAGAGGGUGAGAGAAUUGCAGUUUUCUCGGAUGCUCUCAACCAUGCUUCUAUCAUUGAUGGAAUUCGCCUUGUUGAGCGACAGCAAGAAGUAGUAGCAUUUGUCUACAAGCACUGUGACAUGCAUCAUCUUGAUUUCCUACUGUCCAGUUGCUCAAUUGAAAAGAAAGUUGUUGUCACAGAUAGCCUGUUUAGCAUGGAUGGUGAUUUUGCUCCAUUACCAGAACUUGUCAAAUUACGCAGAAAGUAUGGGUUUUUGUUGGUCAUCGACGAUGCACAUGGAACACUUGUUUGUGGCGAGAAUGGUGGUGGUGCACCCGAGCUGUUUGGAUGCGAAAAUGACAUUGACAUAAGCGUUGGUACCCUAAGUAAGGCUGCUGGCUGCCAGGGUGGUUUUAUAGUUUGCAGCAACCGAUGGAAGAGGCUAAUUCAAUCGCGUGGCCGCUCAUUCAUAUUUUCAACUGCUUUGCCAGUUCCAGUAGUUGCCUCUGUGUAUGCUGCUCUCCAUGUCUCAAAGAAGGAGAGAUGGCGGAGAUCAGUGAUCUGGAGGCAUGUGCAGUAUUUUGCUUCUUUGACCAAACUCGACUUAACUAGUCCCAUAAUUUCCAUAGUAGUUGGAAGCGAAGAAGCAGCACUUAGGGCUGGCAGGCAUAUGCUAAGAUCUGGAUUUCAUGUUACACCAAUUCGACCACCCACAGUACCACAAAACUCGUGCAGGUUGCGAAUAACUCUAAGCGCUUCUCAUUCCUUGGAUGACAUCAAAAGGCUGGUAGAUGCACUAUCACCCUGGCUUCCUGACAAACAUGAUGAGCAGACAUAUGUUAUGGCGUCAAAACUUUAAGCAAGUCCAUCGGAGAAUUCAGUUUCAAUAUCUGAUGCCCUGCUAGUUGAUAUGAGGAAAAGGGGAUAAGUUGAUUCUAGUUGACGCGAUUAUUUGCAUAUAUCCAUUUAUUUAUGUUUGUAUGAUUGUAUCACCACGAUGUGAAACAUAAUUUAUAUGAUCUCCUGAUGCCCUACAAGUUGGGUAAAGGAAUUUAAAAAGUAUUAUUUUAUGACCUUUGCUAUCUAUAAAGAAUUAAGUCGGAAAAUUGACUGAUAAUAUUA